AUGGCGAUUCAGAAAAAGCACGGUAAAGGUCGUUUGGAUAAGUGGUAUCGCCUGGCGAAGGAAAAGGGAUACAGAGCAAGAGCGGCGUUCAAAUUGGUUCAGCUGAACAAGAAAUAUGGCUUUUUGGAGAAAAGCAAGGUUUUACUGGAUCUUUGCGCUGCGCCAGGAUCAUGGUGUCAAGUUGCCGCAGAAUGCAUGCCUGCUCAGAGUUUGAUCGUCGGUGUCGAUUUGGCCCCGAUCAAACCUAUACCCCGAGUCAUUACCUUUCAGCAAGAUAUCACGACCGAGAAAUGUCGCGCCACGAUUCGAUCGCAUCUUAAGCACUGGAAAGCGGAUACUGUUUUGCACGAUGGCGCUCCGAACGUCGGUACUGCGUGGGUUCAGGAUGCUUUCUCCCAAGCGGAGCUGGUACUCGAAUCUCUGAAGCUCGCUACGGAGUUCUUGGUUGAGGGUGGUACGUUUGUCACAAAGGUCUUCCGAUCCAAAGAUUACAACCCUCUGCUGUGGGUUUUCAAGCAGCUGUUCUCGUCUGUCGAGGCGACCAAGCCUCCGUCCUCCCGAAAUGUAUCCGCAGAAAUCUUCGUUGUCUGCCGCGGCUUCAAGGCACCCAAGCGCAUGGAUCCUAAGUUCCUUGACCCGAAGCACGUCUUUGCGGAACUUGCAGAUCCUACCCCCAACAACGAAGCUAAAGUCUUCAACCCCGAGAAGAAGAAGCGUAAGAGAGAGGGUUACGAGGAGGGCGAUUGGACACAGUUCAAGGAGGUCCCGGUCACAGAGUUUAUCAACACCACAGAUCCGAUUGCGAUUCUCGGCUCGUGCAAUAAACUCAGUUUUACGCAACAACCAGGAGGAGACCUUGCCUUGGCCACUCUGGAUCGACUACCAGAGACCACGGAUGAGAUCCGGAACUGCUGCGAGGACCUGAAAGUUCUGGGUAAGAAGGAAUUCAGGAACCUGCUUAGGUGGCGUCUCAAGGUUCGGGAGAAGUUCGGACUGGUAGUGAAGAAAGGACAGGCGAAGAGCGAUGAAGCCGAAGAGGUGGCCGAGAUUGCUCCCAUGGACGAUGAGCUCGCGAUUCAAGAACAACUUCUUCGCCUCAAAGAAAAGGAGAGUGCCAGGAGCAAGAAGGAAAGGCGCAAGGAUAACGAGAAGAAACGCAAAGAGAUUGUUCGAAUGCAGAUGCACAUGACCACUCCCAUGGAUAUCGGAAUGGAGCAACUAGGCCCUAGUGGAGACGAUGCCACUUUCUCUCUGAAGCGCGCUGAGAAGGCCGGUGCGGCGGCUGCUAUGGCGUCAGGAAAAGAGCUGGCAGUCAUUGAGAGCGGAAGCGAAGAGUCCGAGUCCGAAUCCGAAAACGACGACAGCGAUGAUGAAGAGGAUCGGUUGGAAAGGGAACUUGACUCGCUAUACGAGCAGUAUCAAGACCGCAAAGAAGACAAAGAUUCGAAAUUGCGAGCAAAGAAGGCGCGCAAGGACUACGAAGCUGAAGAGUGGGAAGGGUUUUCCGGAUCAGACAAAGAAGAAAGCGAUGACGAGGAGAAUGAGGCAGAGUCCAAAGCCCCUGCUGUUCCUACCAACGGGGCGCUCUCCAACAACGCUGCCUUGUUUUUUGACCAAGACAUCUUCCAAGGUCUCGACGAUGUUGACGACGACGAGGAAGAAGAUGAAGAGGAAGAGGAAGAAGGUGAAGAAGAAGAAGAAGAAGAAGCGGAAGAUACAGGCAGCGAGACUGCCGAGGACGAGGAGGACGAACGGCCCCAAACCAAGGCGGUCGCUGAGAAGAAGAAGAAGGUCAAAGAGACACAAAAUACCAAGCCAUCUGAAGAUUCUUCAGAUGAUGAGUACGAGGAAACGGAUGAACCGCGCAAAAAGAAUGGUCAAGUUGACAUUGAUAUCAUUACGGCAGAGGCCAUGGCACUGGCUCAACAAAUGGCCACUGGCGAAAAGAAGUCGCAAGAUGUGUUCGAUGACGGAUUCAACCGAUAUGCGUUCCGCGACGUCGAUGGUCUUCCGGAGUGGUUCCUCGAUGACGAGGGCAAGCACAGUAAACCGAAUAGGCCCAUCACCAAGGCAGCCGCAGUCGCAAUCCAGGAGAAGUGGCGGGCCAUCAACGCACGACCUAUCAAGAAGGUCAUGGAGGCCAAGGGCCGCAAGAAGUUCAAGGCAGCACAGCGGAUUGAGAAACUGCGCAAGAAGUCUGCGUUGCUGGCAGACGAUGAAACAAUGAGCGAGAGAGACAAGGCGCAGGCGAUUGCCAGAAUGAUGAGCAGAGCGACCAAGAAGAAGCCCAAGCAGAACGUGAAGCUGGUCGUUGCCAAGGGAGGUAACCGGGGUAUCUCCGGCCGACCCAAGGGCGUCAAGGGCAAGUACAAAAUUGUGGACGCGAGAAUGAAGAAGGACGUACGGGCUCAGAAGCGACUGGCGAAGAAGAAGCAGAAAUAA